AUGGGCGACGCAAAACACGAGUCGUCUGCGCCGACAGGGGCGCGUGAGCUGUCUUUGGAGGCCUGGAAAUGGGAGCCCAGGUGCGACGGCCCACGGCCCCGGCCGUUUCCAUAUCCAUCCUGCGCGGCUGUGGCCCACCGCCAGGGGCCGUUGGCCAUGGCUGCCGUGCUGCAAUUUUACCCGCCGCUGCCAUUUAAGCUCAGGCGAUACGCUCGAGUGAUCUCCAGGAGGAGGCAGGAGCCCGAGCAGGGAGCGGUCGAUGAAAUUGGCUUUGUGUCAAUCGCUUGCCAGUGGUGCUGCUGCCCAUCAUUUUAA